AUGAUAUGUGAUAAGUUGAAGAAGGCACAAGACCGUCAGAAAAGUUAUGUUGAUUCACGACGGAGACCUUUAGAGUUCGACGAGGGUGACCAUGUGCUUUUGAAGGUUACCCCUCGGCUGAACCUGAAGACCCCAUUUAAGUCAAGGAAACUAAGUACGAGAUUUGUGGGACCUUACCAAAUCAUCGAACGGAUAGGAGAGGUGGCUUACCGAUUAGCCUUGCCACCAUCUCUUUCCGAUCUCCAUGAUGUAUUCCAUGUAUCUCAGCUUAGGAAGUUUAUUCCCGACCCUUUCCAUCCAAUCCUUCCUGAUACAGUUGAAGUAGAAGCGGAUCUUUCUUUCCAACCUCGUCCAAAUCGUAUAUUGGAAUAUUCAAGUAAGAAGUUGCGAAGUAAAGAGAUACCAAUGGUGAAAGUUCAUUGGGAGAAUUCAAGUCUGGACGAGGCUACUUGGGAGUUAGAAUCCGAGAUGCGGGCUUCGUACCCUCACUUGUGCUGGUAA